AUGGUCACUAAUAUGCAACAACAACAGCAGAUGAUGGCCACUAUGAUGGGGGCCAUGGCCCAGAACAUGGGUAUGCCGCAACCGGCGCAACCCGGUCUAACCGCACCCGCAAACAACGUGAGCAACCUAUUUGAGCGGUUCCAGCGGUACAGACCGCCUACGUUCGCAGGCACCCACCGCCCCGAGGAAGCGGAGUACUGGCUCAAUCGAGUCACCAAACUGCUUAGGCCUCUCCAUUGUACCGAGGCAGAGAGCGUUGAGCUCCUUUCCUACCUCUUUGAGAAGGAGGCAGACUUGUGGUGGGAAAGCAUUCUCCGCUCCAUCCCGGAGGACUAUGUAUGGACGUGGAAGGCGUCCGAGGCCUGCUUCAACGAAAAGUACCUCCCUCAGACGUACCAACAUGAGAGGAAAAAUGAAUUCCUCCACCUCCAACAAGGGGGCAUGACAGUAGCGCAAUACGAAAACUGA